GAAAAAUAUAUUUGGCAUUCGCAUCCGACCCGACUGGAUCUGCUUUAUAAGUUUGUUUUAUGAAGGAUAGUUCGGUAAUCAGGACUUUCUUAAAAUCAAACCCAGCUUGGAAUGUGGAGAUGAAGAUGCUCUUGCUGGAUUAAUGGACUGAAUUAUUCAAUUCUUUAGAUCCCCUGCCUUUUCGCUGAUUGAAAUAUACAAUUACCAGCUGUUAAAAUAUAAUGGUUUACCAUUCCAGUUUUGUCAACGAGGAAGGGGUUACUAAAGCUUGUGGAUGCCCUCUGCUUCCUCUAAAAAGCCACAUAAAGGGACCGGCACCAGUUUAUGACAAUGAUGGAACUGAUGUUGUAGAUGAAGCCAUCACAUUCUUUCGUGCCAAUGUCUUCUUCAGAAACUUCGAUAUCCAAAGCUCAGCUGAUAAGCUCCUUAUUUAUCUGACGUUUUAUAUCAACGUGGCUUUAAAGAAACUAGAAGGAUGUAGAACUCUGGCAGAAGGAACCAAGGCAAUCAUCAACCUGGGUCUUGAAGAGGUUCCUGUGCCCGGUGAGUCUGGUUUUCCAUUUCCAGGCCUCUUUGUUCUACCCAAGGGUCAGGAAGAAGCAGGUAAGAGUAGCUAUUCAGGAACUAUUUGAAGCAGAUAAGGGAGGAAACUAGUGGGAGACUGUUAAGUGUUGCAUACAGAUCCAACGGGACUCCAAACAAGUGGUGGUUAGCGUUUGCCAAGAGAAAGUUCAUGAACAUAAUCGCUCUGUGAAACAGCAUCAAUAUAUUUGAAAAGAGAGCAUUGCAUGAUGAAUUUGUUUACCGAUGUAAGGCAAUACAACCUAUAGUAUAUAAGGAAUGAAUUACUUAGUGUAAUAAUACUAGGAUUUUAAAUGUUACAAAUACAUUACCCUGUCAUGUUUAUGACAAAUUAGUUUGUUGUUUCACCAGCAAACACAAAGUACAUACAAUACUCUUGUUUGGUGCCUUGACCUAUCAUGUUAUAAUUAUUUAAGUGGUCUAAUUUUCACCCA